AGGUAAGAUGAGGCUCAAUCUGGAGGUCAUGUGACAUUUACACGAGUAAAUGAUUAAUAUUAAUAUAUUGCAGCCGCCAAACAAACAUCAGACCCUAGAUGCUGCAGGUUGUGUUCAGAGUAAACAAUGAUAUGAACAUGAUGCCAAGCUAGCUGUCUUUCCUUGCAAGCUUUAUGAUGUUUCUUUGUAAAUGCAUCACAAAGAUAGGUGAGUAAAAACCGAAUGAAAGUAUGUAUUUCUGCCUGAAGCUAACAUUAGCUCAGAUGAUCAAGACGACUGGCAACUUUUAAGGUGGAUGUUACUCAGUAAGUGAAAAAUGUACACCUCAUUUUAACAAUUCAUUUUUAUCCCUUUUAUUAUUCAGUCAUCCCUGCACAGAAUGUCCAGUAGAUGGUGCUAUUUGACCUCCUUCCUAUCCGUCUUUUACCUUUUUGUAGUUCCAUCAAAGAGCAGCAACAGACCUGCGACCAUGAUUCCACCAGAGUCCAGACUGCAGACUCCCCUCACAGUUCCUGUGGCUCCGAGAAAGGUCCGACGUCGCCCGUGGUCAUCUGCAGAGAAGGAGGCAGUCUGGAGACAGUUGGGAGUCCACGUUCUGGUGCAGACAGUACCUGGGAAGGAGGUCUGUCAGCGCUGUCUGGACCUUGAGCCUGUCCUCAGAGGUCGACAUUGGAAAGACAUAAAGAACCAAGUCCACAACCAAAUCCAGAGCCAAAAGAAGCAGCAGUUCCACGCCCAGAUGGACCUUCAAGACCCCCAGGAACAACAGAAUCAAGAACAUGACCAAACUCAGAAGAAGCAGCACCAGCACUUCCAGGCCCAAAUGGACCAACAUGGAAAGGACCAAACCCAGAACCAGAAGAAACUGCAGUACCAUGCCCAGAUAGACCACCAGGACCAGGACAAUGUUCAGAAUCAGAAGAAACAGCAGUACCAUCUCCAGUUGGACCAACAGAACCAGGACCACACCAUGAAAAAACAGCAGUUCCAAGUUCAGAUGGACCACCAGGACCAGGAAAGCAUACAGAAUCACAAGAAACAGCAUUACCACACCCAGAUGGACCACCAGGACCACCUUCAAAUUCAUAAAAAGCAACUAUGCCAUUCUAGAUUGGAACACCCGGACCAUAUUCAGGUCCACAAGAAGCAGCUCUACCAAAUGGACCAGCAGACCCAGGCACUGCAGUCCACACUGGAUCGGGACGCGUCGUCUCUUCUGACGGGCACUCCAUUUGGACCUGAUGGACCUCAUCGGGCCACAGGACUCUCACUUGUGGAGCGGGACCCCAUUAUCAGUCCAUAUCCACUUCCACACCGGGCCCCAGGGCUUAACAUGGACCAGCUGCUGCCCAGAACAGAGUGGACUGAUGAGUCUCUGGCCCAGAACUACCCAAUCAACAGGCAGCUAGCCAGGAACCUUCUCCCAGAUGCACCCACAGGAGGACCUCUGCCCAAUCCACACUCUGGACAUGUCCACUUCUGACAGACAGGCCCACAAGGGCCCUGAACACAAUUGACAGUAUCAGAUAACAACGUAUUGUGUUUCCUUAUAAUGACAAAAAAGUCUUGAAGACCUCCAGUCCCUGAAAAUAAAAUCAACCUUUUCCAUCACAGGUUCCUCCAACUUUCUGUUCAUGUAACGAUACUGAGGUUCAAAACUCACCACACGCAAACUUCUUAGAAACUGCGUAUCUGCUUAAUCGCAGAAAUCUUAACGUAGACCUUUUUAAUCGUAGAACUCUUGUUGUAGAACUUUUUAUGCCCCCCGCCAGUGGCAACAGGCCUUUAAAGAAUUUCUUCACAUUUUGACCAUGUGUCACUUGGACUCAAAGAUGAAAUGAUUGGAUUUCAAUGGUCAAAGGUCCCAGUGACCUCCAUAAGGAAAAUAAAAUGUGUGUAGACUGAACGUUGGUGGAGACAAACGACCACAGGACGGUGAUUCUAGUUCUUUGUAAAAGCAGAAUUUUUCUGACUCUGGUGUCAGAACAGAGUUUGUCAGUCGGAUACGUUCAUAUGCAGUGAAAUGUUGAACAUCUAUGAUCUCUGCUGCUGAACAACUGCGACCAGGCAGAAAAUAAACGUGUCUCCUCAGUGAUGAAUAUCUGAAGUGGUUUGUAAACAGAUGGAGAACGAACCUGAAAGCUUCUUACUGGUCCAGCUGAUGGUUACAGGUCGUUGGUGGAAAAGGUUCUCGUUGAAGACAUGUUGUCGCUUUGACGUGGUUAAAAACUAACUUUUAUAUCUUUGCCCUUUAAUAGUUGUGUAUUUGACCAAACCUCAGUUGUUGUUGUUGUCUUCACAGUAAAAAAAACAUCAGUCA